CUCUCCAUCACCCAAGCGCCCGUGACCCCUGCACAACCUCGCUCUGCGCUGCGGGACUUGGAAUACCAUGGAGCCUGUGCUGCACCCUCGAGUCCGGAGCAUCCGACGCCAUGGACAAACCAGAGGUGCUUGCGCACGUAUCCACCCCCGCAACAAGAGCAAACGAUGACCUGUAUCGAUCGCUGGCCGACGCCUACCUCGCGUUUGAGCCGCAUCGACCAAGCGAAAAAGCAGAAGAUAAAGAAUCGCUUCCAGGACAUGUCAGUUUCCAAUCGAAUCGCCCUCAGCCGAGCCAAGGACUGCCACUAGGGUCUGCUCCCGCAGUCUCGGUCCUCAACAGCAUGGACUCCUAUGGAAGUUUUCCAUCGCAUCUUCACUCAGGAGACCGUUCUAGCGAUCAAACUCACUCUGACAACCAUGAAACGCCGUCGUCUGCGGAGGGUGUGUCCAUCAGCAGACUUGAGCGGCUGGAGCGCAUGCAGAGCAGAUGGAAAGAGCAACGGACUCCGCGAUCAAGCCUAGCAAAAGAUCGCAGACAGAGCAUCAGUACUGUGAUUGCACCGGCCGAGGAGAGCACUUUCAUUGAAGACACCCAACAAGCUAUCCUGGCUAUGGAAAGCCAACUCCCAGAUGAUAUGUCGACCACUUCGGAAGAGGCUUCCGAUGAUGAUGCAGAUGAGUUUGUUGACCAAGACGUGACCCUAGGUGCGACUGAGGUGGCGAGACCUGAUAUUGACCGUACUCCGUUUGGGCCAUCGUCCGGCAAUUUGCAAACCAAGCCGCAGCGUGAUGCCUCCCCGGAUGAGGAACAGUCGGCUACUCAAAAGUCACACAAAACGGAUGCUCCAGAGAGGACUGUCCAGGCACCCUCAUCGCAAUGUUCCAUCGUUCCUGUAGAUGUGGAGAGUAAGGAAACCAGCCAAACAAGACAACCAGAGACCCAAGGUCACCGCGUUGAUUUCGACUGCCUCGCGUCCACAGUCUGUCCGCCGCCUCCAAAGAUCACCAUCCUAACUCCAAGCACGCUGCCCUCCCAAAUCACGCCUUACCUCGAUAAACUGAAGCAAGAGAAUCCAGGACGCUUCAAGACGAAGGUGGUGCUGAGGGCGCUGGAAGCGGACGAGAGAGGGCAUUGGCGAGUGGACUGUCGACUUUGGCCGAAGCAUGUACAGCACCAGUUUUGGACUUUCCUGCAGAAGGAUGUUGAAAGUGGCCGGCUCGGAUGGGGCGUGACUCUACACAGGGAUCCUAUGAAGAUGAGACUAGGCCUUGUUCGGUUUUACUGCUGGGGCGAGACUGUCGAACAUGUUUGGCUGGCCCUGUGGUUGCAUUCGGGCGGGCGAGUGUGGAGUACGGGCGCUACAUGGCUGGACGGUGGGGACAUUGAGGUACUGAGCAUUCCGUGAAGUAGCAAAAGCUUGCGGACCAUGCGGUACCCUAGUAUAGAUCUUGACUUUGGUCCUUCUUAAGUGGUCACGAAUGACAACUUCAAUUCGAGUUCGCAUGAUCAAGACCUGGGGACACCUUUGCGACUACCAUGAUGAAUGGAACCAUGGACAGCUUGAACGCUGCAUUGCUCAUCCUGUAGGCCACAUGAUGUACUCAGUUUUGUUUUUCUUCCAAUUCUUAUAGAACCAGCGGAGUUUGAAACAUUUGGG